AUGACGCCGACGGGUAGACGGAGAGCGUUAAGGGCUUGCCUCCGGUGCCGCGGACGCAAAGUCCGAUGCGAUGUCAUGCGCUCGGCGCCUCCCUGCACAAAUUGCCGUCUUGACAACCACGCCUGCAUAGGGGGAAUCACGGGUGAGCUUGGCAACCCUAUGAGAAAUCAUAUAGGGGCGCUUGAAGAGGACGUUCGCGGCCCCGCGUCUGAACUUCUCUCCACCUCAGGUCCUUGCACCUCGGCUUCUUUUUGGGGCCGCUGGAGACCUCUCAGUGUCCGGACUUGCGAUAUCUGUCACCUCGAAUUACAAGGAUGUCUUCGACUGCCCACCAAGCCGAUCGUCGAUGAGUUCCUAAGACGCUAUUUCUUGCAUGUACACCCGAUGCUUCCCCUCCUCAACGAAGGGGACUUUUGGGACAUCGUAAGCUCCCGAGCUUGCCUCCCCAAAUUUGUGUCUCUGGAAAUCGUGAACGACUUGGGCUUCCAAAGCAUAUGGGCAGCAAAAACUUGCUUCUACGCGAGGGCCAAGCUCCUGUACGACCUGGCAACCGAGACGGAUCCGAUCCCAAUCGCACAAGCCGCGCUUCUGCUGACAUACUGGUGUCCCCCUCCUAGUCCGGGCCCGGAGCAACCAAACAGCGCCUGGCUUGGUGUAGCCAUCCGCUACGCCAAGACCGUGGAAGCAGACAAAUACGCAAGCACCGGCCAAGAUUCGGAUCUGAAUCAUGCAAAGAGGCAAAAUGUCCUCAAACGUCUUUGGUGGUGUUGCAUUAUCCGCGACCGUAUCAUGCCCCUCUGUGUCCGGAGGGGCAUUCAAAUCACAGGGCACCACUUCGCCUUUGGAAUUAAUGCGCCCCUUGGAUGCAAAGACCUAUCAGAUGAGAUUCAACGCUCAAGAGUGUACAGUGCCGACGCGAAACGAUCCAUCGCCAAGAUUAUGGCGGUGAUGACGGAGCUGUGCGUUUUCCUCACAGAUGUAUUGACGUUGGUGUACCAAACCGAUCCCACUCCAGUCCAUGGCGGCGCAGAGUUUAUGGGCCACGACCCGGUAGAAAAGAUCCAGCAGUGCAGGGAGACCCUACGACGCUGGCGUGACAGGGCAAAUUCAGUGAUGCGACCGGCCAUUGCAGACGCCCAUUACACCCCUGAUACCACCUGUCACAGCCACAUGAUUACCCUCUACUCCAGUUUGAUCUGGAUGUACUACCACUCAGCCAGGUUGGCGCUUUGCAAUUAUGAACUCCAGCUCCGUCUUCCCGCAGCAUCCGCUGAGCUAAGCUUCGGAUGCCAACAGCUGGCUUACCGGGACGAUUCACACGACGGUGGGACCGAGCUGUGGGAAGCCGCGACAAGUAUAACCGACUGCCUGAAACAUCUCCUCCAGUUUCGUCUGGUGCGUUGGUUGCCCAGCAGUGCAGUUGGGUGCACCGCGCUGCCCUUGGCGCUGCAUAUGCUGGAUAUCAACAUGUCGACUUGUGCCGGUCCUCGAGCACCCGAGAAGCAGGACAGGCUCAAUACCCUGAUCCAAGCUAUGAAAGAGUACCGUCCGCAGUAUGAGGCUGUUGACUGGGUGUGCAGGACAAUCAGGUAUGUUUGGGAUGGAACCUGCCUUGACGAGCCGAUGCGAUCGUGGCAGGAUCCGACUCAAUCAGCCAGUGUCCUGUCCCUGGGAGAGCAUCGUGACGAUGACUGGACCGACAUCCUUAGACGAAGUCCGACCCGCUAUCUUAAAAUGGCAUUGGCUAUCGACCUGAGCCUAAGCCUAGGCCGAUUACCAGAAGAGACAGACAUCCCGGUCAAGCUCAGGUGGUUACUACUCCGAGAGACGGGGAAUUUCAGUUUCUCCCCACUAUCGUCUCUUGGUACAAUGUUCCCUCCCCAGGACAUCCCUCCAGUUGCGGCCCAAACCUUGGACAUUCCUGGUCAAGGGCCGAUCUGCUUGCUCUCCGCCAUUGACACGACAUGUAACCUCACAGUCCCUGCCGAGACGCUAGUCGAACCAGUGAUAGCAGGCCACGAGCUGAUGAAUUUCCCAACGGUGGCGUUUCUGAUAACUCAUUCGGUGUCGGGAAAGCAGCUGCUCUUCGACCUGGGCUGUCGCAAGGAUUUCUGGAACCUGCCUGCCCCGAUAUGCGAGACGAUCGACGCAAAAGUCCCCGGAAUCAAAGUCGACAAGAACGUUGCCGAUAUCCUAGUCGAGGGCGGAGUCGACCUUGCCAACCUGGAGGCGGCGAUUGUGAGCCAUCAUCACUAUGACCACAUCGGAGACCCAAGCACGUUUCCACGCACCAUGGACCUGCUGGUUGGUCCCGGGGUUUCCAAGCACUUCCUUCCCGGCUAUCCCACGGUUGAGGCGUCCCCUGUAUUUGAGGAUGCCUUGCAGGGCCGCAAUGUCCGCGAGAUCGCAUUCCCCGACGACCUUUUUAUCGCCGGGUUUCGAGCCUGUGACUAUUUCGCCGACGGUAGUCUGUACAUUCUAGAUUCACCCGGCCAUGCACUCGGCCACCUCUCAGCCCUUGUCCGGACGACCCAGGAUACAUUCGCCUUCCUCGGAGGAGACAUAUGCCAUUUUGGGGGAGCCUUCAGACCGACGAAAUACGUCCCUAUGCCAGCGUCCUUCAAGUCAGACGAAAUCGGCCACCAGGAGGGCCAGAAAUCAUCGUCAGGGCAGUGUUAUCCGUGCUCGCUCUUCACUACUUGCCACCCUGACCCCGAAAACGCCAGGACCGCCCCUUACUACAAACCCUGCGCCAGCGCCGACUCGUGGUAUGUCGAUCCCCCACUGGCACGUCAAAGUAUCGGACAUUUGGCCGCCUUGGAUGCAAAUGAUCGAGUCCUGGUCAUGAUUGCCCACGACCCCUCUCUAACGAGCACAAUUCCGUUCUUCCCAAAUGGUGGGCUGAAUGACUGGCACGAGGCUGGCUGGAAGCAAAGGGCGCGGUGGAAGUUUUUAGAUGAACUUCCGGUUAAUGGGAAGCCCAGAAAAUACCUUGUUGACGGAACAUAUAUGGACGGCAAACUCGUCAAGACGCUGGAUGGAGUGAAGGUGGAUUAA